UAGUUGCGUCUGAUACGAAAUCACUCGUCAGUCUCUUUAAAGAUUAAACUCUUUGGAGAAUAUAAUUGAAUAAAAGCCAUCACUGGAGAUGUCUGCCGUUUCAAUCUCCUCCGUCAAAUCUAACCUUUCGGCCGUUAAGGCCAUAGCCGUUACACAUCAUCGACCGCCACCUUCCUUCCGGUGCCCGUCGUCGCUCGCUUCCCUCUCAACUACUACUUCUCUUCACUGCAAUGAUGUAUCAUCUAUCUCCAGAUCAAAACUCCUCCCACCCUCGCGUCUUCAUCCUAUCAAAUCCUCUCCUUCACCAACCCCAUCUCUAGCAGCAGAUUCAUCAGUGAACCAGCUGACAAAGUUCAAGGAAGCAGCGGAGAAAGGAAACUUAGUUCCUCUAUACCGAUGCGUGUUCUCGGAUCAUCUCACACCUAUACUUGCGUACAGAUGUUUGGUUAAAGAAGACGAUAGAGACGCUCCCAGCUUCUUGUUUGAGUCAGUGGAGCCUGGUCUUCAAGCUUCCAACAUCGGGAGGUAUAGUGUAGUUGGAGCUCAACCCACGAUUGAGAUUGUAGCCAAGGGGAAUGUUGUCACUGUCAUGGACCAUGGAGCUGUUCGUAGGACGGUGGAGGAAGUGGAUGAUCCAAUGAUGGUUCCUCAGAAGAUCAUGGAGGAAUGGGAACCUCAACGGAUUGAUGAGUUGCCUGAAGCUUUCUGCGGUGGUUGGGUUGGAUACUUCUCGUAUGACACUGUGCGUUUUGUUGAGAAGAAGAAGCUUCCUUUUUCUAAUGCUCCUGAGGAUGAUAGGAGUCUUCCUGAUGUUCAUUUGGGUCUUUAUGAUGAUGUAAUCGUCUUUGAUCAUGUUGAGAAGAAAGCGUAUGUGAUCCAUUGGGUGCGGAUAGAUAAGGAUCGUUCUGUUGAAGAUAAUUAUACUGAUGGAAUGUACCAGUUGGAAUCUCUAGUCUCUAGAAUCCAAGACCAGAAACCCCCCAAGAUGCCUACUGGUUUCAUAAAACUACGCACUGAGCAGUUCGGUCCUAAGUUGGAGAAAUCUACUAUGACGAGUGAGGCAUACAAGGAGGCAGUGUUGGAAGCCAAAGAACACAUCUUGGCUGGGGACAUCUUUCAGAUAGUUCUUAGUCAGAGGUUUGAAAGGCGGACAUUUGCGGACCCUUUUGAGAUAUAUAGAGCUCUUAGAAUUGUUAAUCCAAGCCCUUACAUGGCUUAUUUACAGGUAUACAUACACAUACACCUUUGGUCCUUGUUUCCUUCCAUAUUUCUGAAGAUUGAUAUCACUAAUCUGUGGAUUUUAACUUUACAGGCUAGGGGAUGCAUAUUAGUUGCUUCAAGUCCAGAAAUAUUGUUACGCUCGAAAAAUAGGAAGAUUACCAAUCGCCCCCUUGCUGGAACUGUAAGACGAGGAAAGACACCCAAAGAAGAUCUAAUGCUGGAGAAAGAGCUCUUGAGCGAUGAGAAACAGUGCGCAGAGCAUAUCAUGCUUGUUGAUUUGGGAAGGAACGAUGUCGGCAAGGUCUCAAAGCCUGGUUCUGUGGAGGUUGAGAAGCUCAUGAAUAUAGAACGGUAUUCACAUGUAAUGCACAUAAGCUCCACGGUAAAAGGCGAAUUACUCGAUGAUCUGACAAGCUGGGACGCUCUUAGAGCUGCACUUCCCGUUGGAACAGUCAGUGGAGCCCCAAAGGUAAAAGCAAUGGAGCUAAUUGAUAAACUAGAAGUAACGAGACGCGGUCCUUACAGUGGAGGCUUUGGAGGCAUUUCGUUUAAUGGAGACAUGGACAUUGCCUUGGCUCUCAGAACAAUGGUCUUCCCAACAAAUACACGAUACGACACAUUGUACUCUUACAAGCAUUCUCAGAGACGUCGAGAGUGGAUUGCCCAUAUCCAGGCUGGGGCUGGAGUGGUGGCAGACAGUAACCCUGAGGAUGAACAGAGGGAGUGUGAGAACAAAGCAGCGGCUUUAGCAAGAGCCAUUGAUCUUGCUGAGUCUUCUUUUCUUGAGACACCUGUGGUUACUAGGCCCCGCAUCAACAACGUUUUAGAAUAAGCAUGGAUUUUGCUUUUGCCAGUAUUAUCACACUCGAGCUGUUUGAUUCGUGAGAUUUUUCAUUUUUGUGUUAGAAUUUUUGGACUAGUGUCCUCAGUCUGUUCUGUCGGGCAAAUAGUUUUAUACUCUAUUUCUACGGGGAUAAAAACAAAAAAAACUCGGUAUCCUCCUAA